CCAGCUCCUGCAGCAGCAGCAAUGGCCGCCCUCUACGACCCGGACGGGAUGGACAUGGACCUCACCGACCAACAACCACCACACGCACCCGCAUACCCCAACACCGCAACAGCAUCGCCCAGCACGCUGCAGGAUGGGUACCAGGAACAGGCACAAGCGGCUUACUUCCACCACCAAUACGCACAGUAUCAGGCGCAAGGCUUUGGAGCGUAUGGCCAUGUGCAGGGUCAGCCACCUCACACGCCGCUCAACCACAGCCACCACGGACCCUUGUCAGCACCUCCGUCACAUCGCGUGACUCCAGCUGCAGCUAUCCCACCUCCGCCAUCACCAGCGACCCCAGCACCACCAACCCCAGUCACCUCCGACACUAUACUCUCCUCCAUCCCCCCAUCCUCCACCCUCGCCAUCCUCAUCCUCGACACAAACUACCUGAUCUCCCACCUCCCCUUCCUCCAACGUCUCCUCCCAGCCCUCGCCCACGACCCCAACUUCCUCAUCGUGAUCCCUUACGUCGUCGUCACAGAGCUUGACGGACUAAAAGAGUCGUGGAAAAAGAGCCAGGCAAAGAUUGCGGAGACGGCGAGGGAACGCGGCAGGGAGUUUGAUGUGGGUGGGAAAAGUGAGAGGCCCGAUGUGGCCAGACGGGCGAUUGAUUUUUUGUUUAGGGGGAUGGCAAGGGGUGUGAGGGGGUUGGUUGGGCAGACGAGGAAGGAUGUGUUGGGGGAUGUGGGGGAGGAGAGAGGAAAUGGGGAUGAUCAGAUUUUGGAGUGUUGUAGAUACGUGCAAAACAGAAUCACUCCACGCGUGAUGCUAAUGAGCAACGACAAGAAUCUCUGUCUGAAAGCGUUAAUCCACGGGAUCCAAACGGUGACGAACUACAGCACGAGCACUCCAGGCGAGUUUCUCGAUCAAGCGAGGUCACAUCUUGGUUUACCCCCCGCACCACCCCUACCGGCAUCAACAUCGGAGUCGAACCACAUCGCCGCACCACAGCAACAGCAGAGGCGGGCGAGCGUGUCGAAGGAUACCACCGCGUCGAAUGUAUCGAUCCACGCAAGGAAGACAACGACGUACAAGAACCCGGAGCUGCCCCCACCGCCACCGAGGGAGGCGCCAUCCAAUGCUGAUAGUAAGAAGGAGAAGAAGAAGAAGAAGAAGAAGAAGAAGAGCCCUGAGUUGGGAGGCACAUCAAGUGCAGGCGAGUCAAUGGACAUGGAAGUAGACGAGGAUGCCAAAGCAGGCACCCCAACCCGCUCCAAGAAACGCAAAGCCAGCGAAGAAAGCCCCGAGCCCCCCUCAGAGCCAUCCCGGAAGAAACAACCACCGUCCAAACCCCAACCCCAAAACCAAGACCCACCCCGCAAAAAAGCCCGCACAGAUGAGCUCGACAUCGACGCCCUCGGUCUCCGCAUCCACGACCACCUCCUCACCACCCUCACCCCACCCUUCACAACCCUCCUCCGCCGGCACCUCCCCAAACCCUCCCUCGCACGCCAACCCCCAUGGUCCCUCGACGACCUGUUCAUCCUGAUCGACAAGCACUGGUCCACAGUAUUCGCGCGCUACCUCGGCAAAACGGUCAAGAGCGAGUUGGCGGUCGUCACCUGUGUCGCCAAGUGUCUUGCGCGCGCGAAAGUCAGGACGGCGGUGGGGACCGGCGCGACGAGGGGCGAGCUGGGCGUGCUGGUGAGGACCGCGAAGGGGCUGGCCGCGUUGGUCAGGGCUGCAGCGGGGGCCGAGGGGAAGGGGGUUGGGAAGAAGGAGGAGGCGGAGUGGAAGGAAGGAUUGGACGGGUUUGAGAAGGCUUUGGCGUAGGAGCUGGAGUUGGUUUAUCCCCCGAGGUGCCUGUGGGGUUUCAUAUAUAUAGGAGGGAGAUCAGGGGGGGUUGCUUUGGUUACGAGCGGAAGGAAUUUUGGAGAAUGUAUGCAAGAAGGGGGAACCAGAAAAUGCGUAUGUACCCGGGAACAGUACCUACCCUCAGAACAUCAGCGAUGGGGAGUCGGGGAACGUACCUUGGCGGAGGAUCUAAGGACAGAACAGAGGGAAGCUGAAAUAAUGUUGGCGUUCCGCGAAUAGCAUUAGGACGGGGAGUUGGCUGGUUUUUCUUUUCUCGAACGAUUGCUUAAUGCCUGGUCCCUUUUUUCUCGCAGGGGCCGCUACCAAAUAUGCAAGUUAUGCAAAUAUACAAACAAAUGUCUACAUACAUCCCUUCAUAUACAUUCAUCCCCUACCUCCCCGACUCCCAGCUACGC